GGCUGGACACUUUGCCCUUCUGAAGGACGACAUGCGUUCUCACACUUGAAGAUUGUUCACGUUGUUAUUUUUCUUUUUUAUCUCUAAAUGCUGAGGUGGUCACGUACGGUGUUGUCAAUGAGUCUUUAGCGGGUCGAGAUGAGCGCCACCAGCAGCACGAAACUCAGUCCCAAUCCGAAUUUACUGCAGGUGAACGAGCCGAAGCGCUAUGGCUCCACGCUGUCGCUGGAGGAAAAGUGUGAGCAGUCUUUCUUCCUCUUUUACUACUACAGGGUGGAGGACGAGGCGGUGCUGGACCGGGGGGCAUCCUUACAGAAGCACAAGUGUGACGACGAGGAGGUAGAGGGUCACCACACUAUUUACAUCGGCGUGCACGUGCCCAAGAGUUACCGACGUCGGAGGCGCCACCGUCGGAAAACCGGCCACAAGGACAGGAAGGAGAGGUCAACAGAGGGCACCCUUGACAAGUCGGACAACGAUGAGACCAGCAACAGCAUCCUCAAACCUCUCAUCUCACCGGCAGCAGAGAGGAUCCGCUUCAUCCUUGGGGAGGAGGAUGAUGGCCCGGCUCCCCCUCAACUCUUCACUGAGUUGGAUGAGCUGCUGUCAGUGGAUGGACAGGAGAUGGAGUGGAAGGAGACGGCCAGGUGGAUUAAGUUUGAGGAGAAGGUAGAGAAAGGAGGUGAACGCUGGAGUAAACCUCACGUGGCGACGCUGUCCUUACACAGUCUGUUUGAACUGCGGACGUGCAUCGAGAAAGGCACCAUCAUGCUGGACAUGGAAGCUUCCACUCUUCCUCAGGUUGUUGACAUGAUCACUGACAACCAGAUUGAGAUCGGGCAGCUGAAAGCCGAACUGAAGGACAAAGUGAUGUACACGUUGCUACGGAAACAUCGCAAACAGACCAAGAAGUCCAACCUGCGCUCUCUGGCCGACAUCGGCAAGACGGUCUCCAGUGCAAGUAGGCUGUUUUCCAACCAGGAAAACGCUCGUAGUCCUCUUGAGAACUCUCUGACUUGCCUGUCGGGUCGCAUUUCAAUGGAGGACUUGCAGAGCCAGAGGAGUACCAGCAUGGACUGGCUCAAUAGUCCAGCCACGGCCCACAAGAACCUGACGUCCAACAGCAUGAACGACAUUUCUGACAAGCCAGUAAAAGAUCAGCUGAGGAACAAGUUCAUGAAGAAGUUGCCAAGAGACGCCGAGGCCUCCAACGUGCUGGUGGGGGAGGUGGAUUUCCUUGAUGCCCCGUUUGUGGCGUUUGUUCGUCUGCACCAAGCUGUGAUGCUGGGAGCCUUGACGGAGGUUCCUGUGCCCACAAGAUUCUUAUUCAUCCUGCUUGGACCCAAAGGCAAAGCAAAGUCAUACCACGAGAUUGGCAGAGCAAUCGCAACGCUGAUGUCCGAUGAGAUUUUCCAUGACAUUGCGUAUAAGGCCAAGGACAGACAGGACCUGCUGGCUGGUAUCGAUGAGUUCCUGGAUGAGGUGAUUGUGCUUCCUCCCGGAGAGUGGGACCCCGCCAUCAGGAUAGAGCCUCCAAAGUCUCUACCGUCCUCUGACAAAAGGAAAAACAUGUACGCAGGAGGGGAUUCUCAGAUGAAUGGAGACAUGCCUCAUGAUGGAGGUCACGGAGGAGGUGGAGGAGGUGAAGGAGGAGGAGGAGGAGGAGGAGGACACACUGUAGGGGAUGAGCUACAGAAGACAGGAAGGUUUUGUGGCGGUCUCAUACUUGACAUCAAAAGAAAAGCGCCUUUCUUCAUCAGUGACUUCACUGACGCUAUUCACAUUCAGGCCCUGUCGGCCAUAUUGUUUAUUUACCUGGGAACUGUGACAAACGCCAUCACCUUUGGUGGCCUGCUGGGGGACGCUACAGAAAACAUGCAGGGUGUGUUGGAGAGUUUUCUGGGUACAGCGAUUGCUGGCGGGGUCUUUUGUCUGCUGGCUGGUCAACCCCUCACCAUCCUCAGCAGUACUGGUCCUGUUCUGGUGUUUGAAAGGCUGCUCUUCAACUUCAGCAGAGAUAACCAGUUUGAUUACCUGGAGUUCCGCCUGUGGAUUGGUCUGUGGUCGGCGUUCCUCUGCUUGGUGCUCGUGGCCACUGAUGCCAGCUUCCUGGUUCAGUACUUCACACGGUUCACUGAGGAAGGCUUCUCCUGCCUCAUCAGCUUCAUCUUCAUCUAUGACGCGUUCAAGAAGAUGCUCAAGCUCGCUCACCACUACCCCAUCAACUCUGAUUAUGACCUGGACUACGUAACGCAGUACGACUGUCUCUGUAUGGCCCCUACUGUUGCUGAAAACACUACAGAUAUUCUUGGAGAUCCUUUAGAGGGCACUUCAGUCUGGUACUGGAACAACACUGGUCUGCCAAUGAACACCACGUGGUCGUCCCUCUCAAAGACAGACUGCCUGAAGUACAAAGGGGAGCUGGUGGGCAAGUCCUGCGAAUUUAUCCCAGACAUCACCCUCAUGUCCUUCAUCUUGUUCUUUGGCACCUACGCCUGCUCAAUGAGUCUGAAGAAGUUCAAGACCAGCCGAUUUUUCCCCACCACUGUGAGGAAUCUCAUCAGUGACUUUGCCAUCGUCCUGGCCAUCCUCAUCUUUUGUGGAGUCGAUAUGCUUGUCGGAGUCGAUACUCCUAAACUUAUUGUGCCAAGUGAAUUCAAGCCAACAAGUCCUAAGAGAGGCUGGUUUGUCCCACCGUUUGGAGCAAACCCCUGGUGGGUUUACCUGGUAUCAUCUGUCCCUGCCCUGCUAGUCACUAUACUGAUCUUCAUGGACCAACAGAUUACUGCUGUGAUUGUCAACAGGAAGGAACACAAACUGAAGAAAGGGGCAGGUUACCAUCUGGAUCUGUUCUGGGUGGCUAUUCUGAUGGUGGUUUGCUCCUUCAUGUGUUUGCCGUGGUAUGUGGCUGCCACCGUCAUCUCUAUUGCUCACAUCGACAGUCUAAAGAUGGAGACAGAAACAUCGGCUCCGGGAGAGCAGCCAAAAUUCUUGGGUGUGAGAGAGCAGAGGGUCACUGGUGUGUUUGUGUUCAUCCUGACAGGAUUGUCUGUACUCAUGGCUCCAAUUUUAAAGUUCAUCCCCAUGCCUGUGUUGUAUGGAGUCUUCUUAUACAUGGGAGUUGCCUCUCUAAAUGGAGUACAGUUUAUGGAUCGUCUGAAGCUGUUACUGAUGCCAGCUAAACACCAGCCCGACCUGAUUUACCUGCGACAUGUUCCCCUCAGAAAGGUCCACCUCUUCACCUUCCUCCAGGUGCUUUGCUUGGCUCUGCUCUGGAUCCUCAAAUCCACAGUGGCUGCCAUAAUUUUCCCUGUUAUGAUCCUUGCUCUGGUGGCUGUCAGGAAAGGAAUGGACUACAUGUUCUCUCAGCUUGACCUCAGCUACUUGGAUGAUGUCAUCCCAGAGAAGGACAAGAAGAAGAAGGAGGAUGAGAAGAAGGGCAGCAUCGACAGCGAUGCUGAAGAUUCUGACUAUGCUUACAAUGAGAAUGUUCCCAGCAUUAAAAUUCCCAUGGACAUGAUGGAACAGGAGCCGUUCUUAGGUGAUAAGGCCUCUGACAGAGAGAAGUCUCCAUCAUUCCUUGAGCGACAUACAUCGUGCUGAGAAAUUUCACUAUUACCAGGGCAACUGCUUGUCUAGCCCUGAGAUGAGUCCAUUGAAGUCUGUGCCUCAGAUUAGAAUAGAAAUGGAACCAGAUGAUGAUAAUCCAUUCUACUGGAAGAGCAGAGGAACUGAAACAACCCUGUAGAGCACUGAACCUCCUGCAUCACCCACGCAACUCCUUUUCUGAAUUCACUCUUUUAAAAUUCUCUUCUGAUUCACUCACAAAUCUCCUGGUAUUUAACUUUUGUUUUGAACAAGUGGUACAAAAAAAAAGAGAGAGAACACUAAAGUAAUGUAAAGCUUUUUCCUGUUAAUGAAGCCGUUUUAAAACAAUGUCUUUUCUUGCACUUUUCUCGUAGCUCCACACUUAACGGCAUUCGUCUUUCUGACUCAAAAACACUGACACCCCUGUACUACUUUUCUAUGCAAUUAUCCCUCACAUUGGUGACACGGUAAAUGCUGCAGCUCUCUGGCCGUGCAUGGAGUUCCCUCCCUGCUGUUUUGAUGUAUAAAUAUAUAAAAAUGAUUUUUUUUCAUAUGCAUUGAAUUACUCUAAUAACAUUUUCCUGUAGCAGGAAAGUUAUGUUUUAUAGCUCUACCUCUUGUUUUAGAUUCAGUGCUUAUGAUGAACAAAAUGUUGAUUUCUGAUGCAGCUUUGGGGUUUUUGAUAUUUUCUUUCUGUCCUGUUGCAGAGUUGAGAUGAUUUAAGAGAUUCACUGUGUUAUAUAGAAUGUGAAGGAAAUGUGUGCAAAUAGAUUAAAUUAAUUAACCAUUAAUUAAAAAUGCAUAUUUGUAUGUGCAGAUCAGAAAUAUUUUUUAUCAUGAUUGCUUUACAUUCUCUUUUUAAUUAUUUUACAUGUUCACUUCAGAGCUUUUGUUACUCGUUUAAAUUAAAUCAGCUGCGUCUUUAUCUUUUAUUUUUUUAAUUAUUCUGUUGUGUUUAUGUGGGUAACCUUUUCUUAUGUCAGUACUUUUUCCUCGUUGCGGGUAGAAAACAGUUCAGCAAAACAUAAUCAUCAAAUUUUCCUCAGCCAAACCUAAAACUCUGACUCAGAGUGCAAAUCAUGAUUGCUUGUGCUUUACCUAAGUGGCUUAUAAGAGAUUGAUUGAUAGUGAAAUCUUCAUGGUAAUGAUAUGACAAGAGGAGAGGUUGUUUGUGUUUUAUCAAUUGAAAAAGGGGAAUUUUCAAGAAUGUGCAAAAUGCUUUUAGCGGCUGUAAAGUAUUAGCAUUAGUUUUAUACUAAUAUGACAAUUCAAAAAUCCCGUAUCCAACUCUGUUGAGUGGAAAAACAUACUUUUAUAAACUCAGCUAAAGUGAACACAAACCAGCAAGUGUGCACGCUGACUGUAUCGUACGAACUCUGUUAAAUUCAACUAAUCCAUUUAACUUCUUCACAGGUUUUAUUUUUUAAUCCUGGAAAAAAAAAGUUAUUGCUUUAACGUCGAUUCAAUGUGCAAGUGAGUAAUAAUCUGUUGCUUGUUGCUAGGACAACAGCUUCAGGCAAACAAGACGACAACUAUGUUAACUACAAGAAAUGUACAUAGAACUAACUCAACACAUUUCUCCACUGCAGCUCAGCAAGCAAACUUUUGUAAUGAAAAGAUUGUAACUUUUUUUU